AUGCACCCACACCACAUCCUCGCUACUCUCGCCUUUGCGCUGAGUGCCUCUGCCGCAUAUACCAAGCUCGGCUGUUAUUCCGAGGUCCCGGAUCUAAAGAACGACACCACAAAUGUCUUUCAGUCCUACGGACAAUGCCUGAACCAGUGCUCCGAGGGCGGCUACAAGAUUGCCGUCCUGAGUCAAGGCGACCAUUGCAGCUGUGGAAAUGCCGUACCCCCGAACUCGGCCAAGGUCAGCGAUGAUAAAUGCACGACACCCUGUCCCGGAUACGUGAACGAUUAUUGUGGCGGUGACAACACCUACAUGGUCCUCAGUACCGGUCGAUAUGCCGUUGUUUCUCAGUCUGAUGGCGAAGCGGCGGCAACACCCACUGCUGCCACUGCCGCUGGUGGUAUUGUCGUUGCUGCAACAAACGUCAACCCCUCCACGGUCCCAACCAGCAUCCUGACUGCACCCGGCUCCAUGAUUUCCAAGGCUGGUGUCACCGGUGCAGCCUCCAGCUCUGCGGGUGUGGCCGCCACGGCUGCUAGCUCCAGCGCCUCGGCCUCGCAUACCGCCAAUGCUGCCGGCUCUCUGCGCGCCGGGUCAUCGAUGGCCGGACUGAUGGUUGCUGGUCUGGGUCUGCUCUUGUAA